AUGUCUGCUGGUCCUGAAUCAAAAGUCUAUAAUUGUGCUAAUAUUGACUUGAUAGAAUUGAUUGGUGGCGAUCCAUUACCAAUAGAUACAAGCAAAGAGAGAUAUGUGAGUUUUCAAGGGGAUGUGCGAUUCUCUGUGAAAACACACAAAUAAACAAUGGAUAGUUUAAAGGAGGGGAAGGAUUAUUUUGGGACGAAUUCAAUUCACUAUAGUUCAAUUUAGAAUGGAAUUUAUAUAUUUGUUGUGGAGAAAUCACAAGAAAACAUAAUACAAACAUAUAUCAAAACUAAUUUAAAGAGGUAGUACAAACAAGCUCAGAUACCUAAGGCCUUUUAUUUAAAAACAAUAAUCGAGGGAGAUAAAAAAUAUGCAAUACAUUAAAUUGUAAUUAGUGAUAAACAAGAAAUGAAAAGAGAAUUAUUUAAAGAAGAAAAAGAAACUAUGCAAUCUUUUACUGGUUUACAAUUCUCAAAGAAAAGUGUGAUUAUGGUAUUUGCAACAUUGGAGACUGGAACAAAUAGUGAUUUCACUGCAGACGAGUCAUUCUUAUUAGGUGUCCAGGGAAUUUUGGAGGACAUUAACUAAGGAAAAAAGUGCGAUCAAUUCUUUUGUAAGCCACCUUCCAUUGCCAAUCUAGCUGAAGCCUUGUCUGAUAUCCCCGUACUUAAAAUCACAUGCCAAAAGAAAAUGUGUUCAUAUACCUAAGGAGGAUAAACAAAAGUGCUAUUCACAAAAUAUCCAUUUUUAUAGACAGAUAAAAACUUUAGAUCACUUGAGAAGGCAAUUAAUGGUAUGUUAUUGACAACAAUAUCGCCUAAAAAUUAAAAGUUUGUUUCAAUUACUGCCUAAUUGGCUAUGAAAUGCAAUAUAUAAGAUUUUGACUUCCAUUCAGGAGGAUACAGUGGAGCAUUUCAAGCGAUUAAACUUGGAGAUCAAAAGCUUUAUAGUGCAUUAAUAAUAGAACCAGGGUACAAUGGAAUAAAAAGGAGGCUACAAACCUAAACACCUGAAUUUUAUGAUUUAUUGGAAGGAAUCGAUAAGGUUAAGUCCAUUUAUUAUUUUAUGAUUAUCACAAGCAAAGGACCAGAAGAGUUAUUUAAUGAAAUUGUUUCAGUCAUUGAAAACACUAAAGUCUCAGAUCAGAAGAAAUUUGAAUGCACUCCAAUUCCUAAAGAAGACGAUAUUUCAUUCAUUCAAUUGAAUUCAAAGGUUAAUAGUUUAAAAACAUAAAAUCGAAAUGAAAAGCCUGAGGAAUAUGAAUACGUUUAUGAAUAUGCUUACGAUGAUAUUGACGAUGAUGAACUUGGAGAGUAUGAAUAUGUCUAUGAAUAUCAAUACGAAGAAUUGCCAGAAGAAUUAAAUUAAUAAGAAUUCUAUGAGGAAGCCAAUGAUUUAUAAUCAGAUUCAAUUGAGUUUGAUCAAUCAACAGAUGAUUCAGAUUCAGAAGAUAUUGAAAAUUAGAAUGUUCCAUAAGCUGAUUUAUUAGAAGUUUAAUAGAAUGAAAUGUGUUUCUAUGCAUUUUCUGAAUGUGACUUCUAAGGUGCUUCACUCAAAAUUUGUGGUCCAACUCCAAGCAUACCAAGAGAAUUAUAGAACUUUUUAAUAUAAUCUAUUAAAAUGCCUGAUUCGAUGCGAAUCACGUUUUAUACAAAUUAGCAACAGAAAAUCACCAUUGAAGGGGAUUAAGAGUGCUUGCAGAGAGCUUUUGAAAUUGAUUAGAUGAGACCAUAAAGAUAAUUGUUGAGUCAUCAGUGA